CACGAUAGCUCAUAUCUGCCUAAAUGGUUAUCGUUCUCCCUUGGAUGCGCUCUAUUCUCCCCUCGCUUGCCUCCCCGCCACUUUCUUUCUUUUCACUGACGCUCUUUAAUUUUCAGAUAGUUAUUGACCGUUAGAUACACAUUUUGGGUGGGUUGGAGAUAUGAUUUGGAUGUUGAGGAGGUUGAAGAAGAGCAGGUUGUAUUUGUGUUAUGAAUUUAUUUUGAAGAAACCCAUAUGAGAUUCUUGAGAGAGUUUGAAGAAAUCCAAAUGAGUUGGAGAUCAUAGCUCCAAGUUUAUAACUGUUGUUUCAUUCAUCUAUUGCUGAAGGAUGUCAGAAGGAACAAGUCUAGGGAUGGAGGAUUUAUCCCAAGAUGAUAUUGGCACUAUAGAGGAAACAGCUGAAGACACGAUCUUGUCACGACAGACUUCUGUGAAUCUUGUUCCCUUUGUUGGACAAAGAUUUGUUUCUCAAGAAGCUGCAUACGAAUUCUACUGCAGUUUUGCAAAACAAUGUGGCUUUUCAAUUAGGCGUCAUCGUACUCGAGGCAAGGAUGGUGUUGGUCGGGGAGUGACAAGAAGAGAUUUCACUUGUCAUCGUGGUGGAUAUCCACAGAUGAAGCCAUCUGAAGAUGGAAAGAUGCAAAGAAAUCGCAAAUCAUCACGCUGUGGUUGUCAAGCAUACAUGCGGAUUGUUAAGCGGGCAGACUUUGAUGUCCCCGAAUGGCGUGUUACAGGCUUUAGCAACAUCCAUAACCACGAACUAUUGAAAUCCAAUGAAGUCCGUCUCCUUCCUGCUUACUGUUCCAUAUCUACUGAUGACAAGAGUCGGAUUUGCAUGUUUGCAAAAGCUGGGAUGUCAGUGCGUCAAAUGUUAAGAUUGAUGGAACUGGAGAAAGGUGUUAAACUAGGUUGCUUACCAUUUACAGAGAUAGACGUGAGAAACCUACUACAGUCUUUUAGAAAUGUUGAUAGAGAUAAUGAUGCAAUUGAUCUUAUAGCAAUGUGCAAAAAGAUGAAAGAUGAAAACCCUAAUUUCAAGUAUGAAUUUAAAAUAGACGGUCAUAACAGGCUGGAGCAUAUUGCAUGGUCUUAUGCUUCAUCUGUUCAGUUGUACGAGGCAUUUGGAGACACAACGGUUUUUGACACAACCCAUCGUUUGGAUGCCUAUGAUAUGCUGUUAGGAAUUUGGCUUGGUGUGGAUAAUCAUGGAAUGACUUGUUUCUUUGGCUGUGUGCUUCUGCGGGAUGAGAAUAUUCAGUCCUUUUCCUGGGCAUUGAAGACAUUUUUGGGGUUCAUGAAAGGAAAGGCUCCACAGACAAUGUUAACUGACCAUAACAUGUGGCUGAAAGAGGCUAUUGCUGUUGACUUGCCCCAAUCAAAGCAUGCCUUUUGUAUAUGGCACAUCGUCGCAAAGUUCUCAGAUUGGUUUUCUGUACUUCUUGGAUCUCGAUAUGAUGAUUGGAAAGCUGAGUUUCACCGGCUGUUUAAUCUGGACUUCGUGAAAGACUUUGAAGAAAGAUGGAGGGAAAUGGUGAAUGAAUUUGGACUGCACACAAAUAAGCAUGUAAUCAGCUUAUAUGCGCUGCGGAAUUUUUGGGCUUUAGCAUAUUUGAGGCAUUGCUUUUUUGCAGAAAUGAUGAGUACAAGUCAGGCAGAAUCAAUUAAUGCUUUUAUCCAACGUUUUUUGAGUGCACAGUCCCAACUAGAUCGUUUUGUAGAGCAAGUAGCUGAUAUUGUUGAUUAUAAUGAUCGGGUUGGGGCAAAGCAAAAGAUGCAAAGGAAAAUGCAGAGAGUGUGCCUUAAAACGGGUUCGCCAAUUGAAUCACAUGCUGCUUCUGUUCUUACUCCUUAUGCCUUCGGAAAACUUCAAGAGGAACUUGUAUUGGCUCCACAGUAUGCAUCUCUUCUGGUAGAUGAAGGUUGUUUCCAGGUCAGACACCAUACUGAGGAAGAUGGAGGGUGCAAAGUGGUUUGGAUUCCUUGUCAAGGCCACAUUAGCUGUAGCUGCUAUCAGUUUGAGUUCUCCGGCAUCCUUUGUAGGCAUGUUCUUCGUGUCCUGUCAACUAAUAAUUGCUUUCAUAUUCCAGACCAGUAUCUACCCACCCGUUGGUGCAAUGUCAGUUCAUCUUCCACUAACACCUUUGAGACUGCUACUACUAUGAAAGACAAUUCUGAGAAGAUUCACUUAUUGGAGUCCUUGGCUUCAACACUUGUUACGGAGUCAGUUGAAACAGAGGAUCGCCUUGAUGCUGCUUGCGAGCAAAUUGCAAUGGCAUUAUCACGCGUUAAAGACCUUCCUAGGACAACACAUAAUGCGAUCGACAUUGCGUAUAAUUGUCCAUCUGAAUCACUGAUUCUACAAGAUGUGGAAGAGGCUGAUGGAAUUAUUCGCUUUACAGUAGGAAAUUCUCAUGAAUCUGUUACUUUAGGAAAGCUUAAAGAAAGAAGGCCAAGAGAUAUAGUUGAAAUUAGUAGAAAGCGACGGCAUUGUUCAGGGCCUUGCUGUCUGAGUGUCCAAUAGUGGGAGGUGAGAUUUUGAAUGGAUCCACUAGUGCACUUGUAAAGGUUUGGAUAUAGUACUAGAUGUAGCAAGGAAUAGCAGUAUAUUGUUUCUUCAACGUUUUUGUUUUGUCAAUAUUUCAAUGUAUUCCGACGUGCACUUUUGUGCCUUCCACAUUCAGUUAUACUGAAAUGAAAAAGACAAAGUUCCCUCA